UUUUUGUUUAAGAAACACUCUUAACUUCCAAUGACAUAAGAGUUAUACUUUAAUCUCUGUCUAACGGCCUAACUCCUCUUUCCAUGAAUAAAUAGUAUAAAACAGAAGACUACAUUGUCAAAUCGUUUAAUGAGCAGCUACUUGUGGGAAAACAUUCAUCAGUUGAUUUUAAUUAGCCAUUUAAGCAGUUUAUGAACAUGAGUUAUUAGAGACAAAGUUUCAUUUUUCAUUUUACAAUUUGUUAAAAAAGUAUAACGGAUCUUGAUUUUACGUGCCCGGGCCUGGCAAAGAUAUGAAUAUAAAUGUCCAAAUACAGCUGCUGAUUAAAAUAUUAAUAUGUAUGGCAUUUGUAUAAACUUGAUAUUUAUCUUAUCACUGCCCCAAAAUUAUUGAUUUGUUAGUCAGUGGCCGAUCCAUGGGGGUUUUUGGGGGUCAAAUCUGAAAAUGAUAGUUCCGUAAUAAUAAAAGUUUGGAGAAAAAAGUAUUACAGGGGAAGUAACAAUGACAAUGUUUAAAUUUUUUUAUUUUACAAGAUUCAUCCACUGCACAUCUUCUUAUUUUCACUUUCACGUUGCUCAUAAGUACCAAUAAUAACAAGGAUUUCUUUAACUUAUUUAACCGUAAUUUUAACUCAAAUUGAGACGAAUUUCGAAAUAACAUCAAAAUUAAAAAUAUGUUGGAAAUACAUUUUUUACUGCAAAAGCCCCCGGAAAGGAAUACUGUAUCCGCCACUGUUAUUAGUGGUGAAAUAGAAAACCAAAAUGUCUGUAUUUGUUGGUAUAUAAAUAACCGAAUUAGACACAGCAGUUUAGUUGAUUCUACGCCGUGAGUUCGAAUAGUUCAAAAUGAGUUUAGCUGGUAAAGUUGUUAUUGUAACCGGAGCAAGUUCCGGUAUCGGUGCCGUCACAGCUGAGGCCUUUGCCAAGCUGGGUUCCAAAGUAGUGAUCACAGCACGUGAUGAAGCAAAUUUGAAGUCUACUGAGAAAGCCUGUAAAGCAGCUAACAGCAAAGCGGAAGUACUACUCAUCACCGCUGAUGUAACAACAGACGCUGAGAAGAUUAUCAAAACAACAAUUGACAAGUUCGGAAAGUUGGAUGUGUUGGUGAAUAAUGCCGGUGUGGGUGAAACGGGUUCAAUCCUCGAUAUUGACGUCGAUCAAUUUGAUCGGGUUUUCAAUACAAAUUUGCGUGCUAUCUUCCUUCUAACUAAAUUCGCCGCACCACAUCUCAUAAAGACCCAAGGUAAUAUCGUGAAUGUAUCCAGUGUCGCAGGAAUGCGUUCAUUCCCUGGUCUUUCGGUCUAUGGCACGUCCAAAGCAGCACUUGAACAAUUCACCAGAUGCAUCGCUUUGGAUUUGGCACCGCAUAAAGUGCGUGUCAACGUUGUCAGUCCCGGCGUAACUGUUACAAAUAUACUUAUGCGCUUAGGCAUGUCGGCAGAAGACUAUGCUAAAUUUUUGGAGCAAGCGAAGUCUGUACAUGCAUUGGGUCGCGUCGGCCAACCUAAGGAAGUGGCCGAUGCCAUUAUUUUCUUUGCAAGUGACAAUUCGAGCUUUGUAACGGGCGCAACUCUGCCGAUCGAUGGUGGCAGACACGCUAUGUGCCCACGUUAAUAUUUCUUACAAAUGUAAUUUAUUAUGUUUCAAUAUAUACCCAUAUACCUACAUAUGAGAAUAAAAAAUGUUUUAAAA